CUGGGGGAACACACCGACUGAGUGUUCCAGAUAAUCCCCUUUCCAGUCCUGCUUGACAUCUGGCCAGCAGGCUGUGGGCCUGGACUUCCCGGGACACUGGCUGGGGUUUGAGGAAGGACCUCAGUACCUACCUGGCUUCAGGAUGAAGCUGGCCACCGGCUUCUUGAUCUUGUGGCUUAGCCUGGGAGGUGGCCUGGCUCAGAGUGACACGAGCCCUGAGGCUGAGGAGUCCUAUUCAGACUGGGGCCUUCGGCACAUCAGGGGCAGCUUUGAAUCUGUCAACAGCUACUUCGAUUCCUUUCUGGAGCUGCUGGGAGGGAAAAAUGGAGUCUGUCAGUACAGAUGCCGAUAUGGAAAGGCACCCAUGCCCAGACCUGGCUACAAGCCUCAGGAGCCCAACGGCUGCAGCUCCUAUUUCCUGGGUCUUAAGGUACCAGAAAGUAUGGACUUGGGCAUUCCAGCAAUGACCAAGUGCUGCAACCAGCUGGACGUCUGUUAUGAUACUUGUGGUGCCAAUAAGUAUCGUUGUGAUGCAAAAUUCCGAUGGUGUCUCCACUCUAUCUGUUCUGACCUGAAGCGGAGUCUGGGCUUUGUCUCCAACGUGGAAGUAGCCUGUGAUUCUCUGGCUGAUACUGUGUUCAAUACUGUAUGGACCUUGGGCUGCCGACCUUUUAUGAAUAGCCAACGGGCAGCCUGCAUCUGUGCGGAAGAGGAGAAGGCAGAGUUAUGAGAAAGAGGUGAUCCCUUCCUGGUUUUGAGUGACGCCAUGGCUGUCAGUCUCUGAGAUGGUAGUGUGGCAGAGUGAGCAAUCUCAUCCUUGCUUCCAGAAGUUUGGAUACCACAAAGCAAGAGAAAGAAAGCCUUGUUCUACAGCUGAGAAGUGAGUCCCAUCCUUUGAGGAGAAUUGGAAAGAAGCCAUGGAGUGAUUUGAAGACUACUCUUCAUUUGACAAUGGUCUCCCCAACCAAGACACAUUUGCCUGGCAAUUCAGUUCUUAGUUUAAAGACUAAAAUAAAGACUAAAAUACUGGGAUUCCUGGACU